UCAAAUGACUGCUUCAAUGAAAAUUGAAAAAUAAAAAAAUAAAAAUACUCGAGGAGACAUUAAAAACGAGUUUAGAUAUACGACCGAAAACCGGAAGUCAUUCAACUAUCCAAUCACAGCUCGAAGGAAACCUAUCGGCGGAAGUGGACCGAUUCGACUGAAGAUAUGGCCAGUCUGUCCAAUUACGCACUGCGCAUGGCCCGGUUGAGUGCGCAAAUUUUCGGGGAUGUCGUGCGUACGACAGACUCCAAAUCGAUGAAAGUGGUUCAACUGUUCCGGGAGCCUCCCAUGGCCAAGAGGAAGGACGUGUAUGACUGGUACCCACAACACAACAUUUACUACGCCAUGACCAAAAAGCUCAGGUUCAUGGGAUUGUUCAGGGACGAGCAUGAGGAUUUCAAAGAGGAGAUGCGUCGCCUGAGGAAGCUGCGAGGAAAAGGUGUACCGAAGAAGGGAGAGGGAAAGAGAGCAACCAAGAAGAAAUGAGCGGCCACUUUCCCGCUUAAAACAGGACUAUUGACUGUGUUACUUGUUUUAUGCUGCCUCUUCAUCAAUAACCGUUUGUUUCAGGUUAUGAAAGUAAGAAUAAACAAUGGAUCACCUUUUUAAUGUUUCAUGAAAAAACAGCAGUGGUGUUGUGUGUUGCUGUCAUACAAAUAU